AUGGAUUUCUUGGCAUCGUUCGUCUUAGUCACAUCCGUUCUUGCACAACAGGUGCUUGCGGUCACUACACAGCAGAUCCAGACCGAAUUGUCCUCCAAUCUUUCCAAUGGAUCACAAGUCAUUCUUACCACCGAUUCUUCUUACCCGACUGAUUUCACGCAACGAUGGAGUAUCUAUACCAAGGCCGAGCCAGCUUACGCUGUUGCUGCCAAGCCCGCUACAGUGGGAGACGUACAGACGAUCUUGCGGUAUGCAACUAAGAACAAGGUCCCUCUCUUAGCAACUGGAGGUGGCCACGGGUACUCGACGACUCUUUCUGGUCUGCACAAUGCUCUCGACGUUGACUUGAGCAAUUUCAAGAAGAUCAAAGUCGACGCAUCAACUAACACCAUGGUCGUUGGAGCCGGUUCUAAGUUCCAUGACAUGUUCGAUCCGCUGUAUGCGGCUGGCAAGAUAAUGCCUUCUGGUGGAACUUCUCCACCAAGCAUCAUCGGCCUCACGUUGGGUGGGGGUGUAGGACCUUUGAGUGGCGAACACGGACUCCUAAUCGACUCUCUACUCUCCGUGGAAAUGGUCACUGGGUCGGGCGAGAUCCUAACGGCGUCGGCUACUGAGAACUCCGACCUCUUCUGGGGCAUGCGUGGCGCGGGCUUCAACUUCGGCGUGGUCACAUCUGCGACCUAUCGCAUCUACGAUACGAUCAAUGAUGGAAUGGUGUACAAUGCAGACAUGUCAUUCGAAGCUGAGAAGAACGCCACUAUAUUUAAAAUCUUACAGACUUAUCAGGGAAGCCAUGAUGGCAAGCUCGCAUUCUCCAUUGCGUCCUCCAUUAAGAACAAUAUCCCCACAAUCGAUGUUUCCGCCAUCUACUAUGGCAACAAACAACAGGGUGACGCCGCGAUCGAAUCAUUCAUCGCCCAAAAGCCAUAUUUUAGUAACAUUACGGUCGUACCCUACAACAAACUAGUGAGCGUUGCCAACUUCGGUGGUGAUGUGUUCGCUCAGCGAAAAGGCACACGAGCUGAUAUGUGGGGGUUUCAGCUCAAUAACCUCACCGUACCUGCGCUGGUCGACACCUUUACGAAGUACAUCAAUUUUCUCCUUGCAAACCCAGCAAUCAGCAAUACGAACUGGGUGGUGGAGAAAUUUGGCCUGGGCAUAACGGCGGCUAUCGACAACGAUUCUACCGCCUACGCUUGGCGUAAAACUGUAUCCUAUGGCUUCUUCGCGUUUUAUCUGCCUGAUAAUGUCACUGCAGAGCAGACCAGCACUGUCGACACUUUCGCCGCAAAGAUUCGUACCGACUUGAUGUCUGCAUGCGGAAACCCCGGGGGUAAUGUUUUCCCCAACUACGCACGUGGUGACGAGAAGCCAGAGCAAGUGUAUGGAGUGGCGAAGCUGCCGAGGCUGCGGCUGCUGAAGAAGAAGUAUGAUCCGAAGGGUUUGUUCAAUCACUACAACUCUUUCGUCUGA